AUGAAGAUAAAACAGAACUGCGAGAAUGAUACUAAACUAAACAAGGAGAAUAGGAAAUCUGUCAGUCUCAAUGAUUAUAUUGUGGAAACAGGAUCCCAGCAAACAUCUGAAAUUGAAUGGGUUAUCACAAAGCCAAAGCAACGAUCGACCUAUGAGAUUGUAAAUGAACCUAUCAAAACAGAUGAGUUCUUUUCGCAUUUACAAAAACUCGCAAGUGUCAUUGCCGGAUACGCGAGUAAUCCAGAAAGUCAUAAUGUAACAGCAGACGUCAAACCAGGUGAUAUCUUCAAGAAAAUUUCUAAAACGGGGCCAGAUAACCCAGAGAGAUUUGAGAACGUUUGCUCUGACUUUGAGCAUCUUGUUUUGAACGGGCUAACCCACUGGCAGCAUCCUCGUUUCCAUGCAUAUUUCCCAGCCGGACGAAACUAUGCUUGUAUGUUAGCUGAUUUGGCUAUUUCAUCAUUGGGUGUCGUUGGAUUCAGUUGGGAUUCUUGUCCAGCGUUGACGGAAAUGGAACAUAGUAUGACUAACUGGGUUGGUAGAGCUCUAGGAAUACCCGAAACAUUCCUUUUUCAAGAGCCCAUUGAAAGUAGUAAAGGAGGCGGGUGCCUCUUAGAAUCCUCCUCUGACGCUAUUCAUAAUGUACUGUUGGCCUCACGUCAUCGAAAACUAGGAGAACUGGUAGGCCAUCGCAAAGAAUCAGAUGUAUCAAGAGAUAUCCUUCAAAGAAAUCAUGAUUUCUGUAAAAAGUUCGUUGUUUAUACAAGUAAAGAGGCUCAUUCUUCGAUUGAAAAGGGAUGCAAACUCACAAUGAUGAACUGUAGGAAAAUUGAAACACGAGUAGAAAAUGAAUUUGGUUUAACUGGUCGUGAGAUCGAAAUCGAAGUCCUAAAAGACAUCGAUAGUGGUUUUAUUCCAUUGCAUAUCCAUGUCACCCUUGGGACUACUUCAACAGUAGCAUCAGAUCAUCUGGAUACUAUUUGGCCGAUAGCAAAGAAGUACAAUAUGUGGAUACAUGUUGAUGCAGCGUAUUCUGGGAGCACAUGGAUAAUUCCUAAGUAUAGGUAUGAGAGUAGGGGAAUCGAACAUGUUGACUCUCUGAAUGUAAACGCACAUAAACUUCUUCAGCAUUCCGUUGGUUGUUAUCCCGUCUAUCUUCAACCUACUCACCACAACUCGAAUGAUCUCAGAGACUGGGGAGUAUCCCUGAGCAGACGGUUUCUUUGUUUGAAAUCAUGGUUUGUCUUUCGUUUGUAUGGUAUUCGAGGAUUACAAAAUUAUAUCCAAAAUCUCAUUGAUAGUGCUAUAUACUUCGAAAAUUUGGUUGCAACUCAUCCCAAUUGUAGAAUUUUCGGUAAACGAAAACAUGCUCUUUUCUGUUUUCAAUAUGUGGAAGCUAAUUUAUCUGAACACCAUGUUAAUGAUCUCACUAGAGAAUUCUGUGGUUUUGUUAACCGAUCGAGACUGAUGUACUUCACCUUGACCAAAGUUCAAGAGCAUGUACUCAUUCGAGUUUCUGUAAAUUUCGAAAAGUCCACACCAGCAAUAAUCGAUGAUUCAUGGAGAUGUCUAAAAUUACUCAUUGACAAGUUUAAGAAAAUGAGACAAAUACUGGAAAAAAGCUCUCCACCAAACAUCAGCUUCAACACGAAUAAGAGCGAAACAGACAAAAAAGUCGAAAGUGUUUUCAAAGAAGAUGAAACUUUUCGAGAAACACAUAUGAAUUCCCUGACUCAAAUAUUCUCAGAUGAUUAG